GACCGGGGGGGUUGGUAUAGUGUACACUAUGUACUCCUCCGCGAGCAGAUUCCCUCCCCCUGUUCAUUUCCUUUUACCCCCGGCCCUACCACAUAUCUAGUAUCGUACAGUACACUUCAACCACUGCCCGCUGAGCGGUACGUCUCAUACUCACUCCUCCUCUUGCCGGCCCCCUCCUGGAACCUGGUCCCUUCCAGCCAUUCAUCCCUACCCUUCCUCCCCUUGCCUACGGCCUGGCCAACAUGCAUAGCUCGGGAAAGGCACCGCCUGUUCUGGCUUGGCUAGUGCCCUUCUGAAUAGUCUCCCCGAUCCAUCCUCCAAGGGUUCGUCUUCCUCCUCACCCAACCCUGUGGAACACAGACAGCCGACUUUGCCAGAAUAUCUGCUCCUACACUGGCCCCACCGCUUCAGCACAGGCGUGGGCAUGAGCAAAUACUCCUUUGCUCCGGCUUGCACUUUGUUCUCUACAACUGACGUCUGUACAACCCCGUUGCGAAACAAUGAGCCUCUCGGACAUACUCAAUCCCUCGGACGGCCGUUGGCCAAUCUGCCUUGCGGGUUUGACCAUCACCUCGAUGUAUCCGUGUGGCUUUACUCAAGGAUCGUGUCCGAUCACGACGCUCUACUGCCUGCACCACUACGCAUCUGGAUCUGGACAGCAUCCUGGACGCUAUCGUGGCAUGCCCCGGACCAACCCGUCGCUCUCCUUUACGCUCAGUCGGCUUCCCCAUAUUGGAUGCAUCGGCUCGCUACAUACUUACAGCCUCCCUGCCUCACAAGGAAUCCGAUCAUGCCGAUGAAGGAUUGUGAAAUUAAACCAGCUGGACCUCCACCACCCUCUUGGAAUAUCACCCUCCUGUCUUCACGUCUCGAAUGGCCAAAAGCCGUCGUCGUACUGUCUCGCUCAACAGGGCUUGCCACCUCAUCCCCGCGGUGUGUUUCGGAGAGUCAACCCGAGGGACUACUCUGCCAGGACGGCUUUACACAAACUGUGGCGGGUUUGUUGCACGAUGCAGGGGACGCCAUUCCUCGCCUCGUCCUGCAGUGCCACACAGGUCACGGUGCACGGGACCACGCCAAUGCCCGCGGCUCUGCUGUCGGGGGGCUAGUUGCUGCUGUUCCUUGCAGUGCGGCUGCUGUAUCCGUGUCCCAAGAUGUCAGGACAUACUUCCCCCAAGCCUCCACACCUGUCGAGCUAUUCGGAUGAAACACGGGCUACAAGGAGCCUGGGUUGGUUGAAUAAAUAAAAACAAAAAUAAAAACAAAGGGAAAGAGAGAGGGAGAGAGAAUCCCAGGCUAUCACGGGAGCUUUGGGUCAACAAAAAACCACGUCGAAUGAAAUGUUGCAACAUGGCCUGCACGAUCGCCUGUGGCUGAGCCAUCAUCAACUCCCCGCCAUUGAUCAAACAUAUUACAGUCACUUUCAACUUGGGCCGGCAAUAACAGUAACAAAGAGAGAAGUCGAAACCAGACCUCGAAACUCCUUGGCACCAAGCGUUGCCAAGGAGCGGCCGGAUGCUGAACCAUCUAGCUGACCG